UCUCCGUUACUCCUUGUCUUGAAAAAACACACACACUCUCUCUCUCUCCAUUUAUUCGUCUUUCGAUAACAGCGAACCAGAGAGAUGGCAAGCCGCACAGAGCCACUUCUGAAUCAAGAUAACCGUGAUGAAGGACACGGCUUAGUGGAAUUUGAAGGGGACACAGCACCCAUCAGGAGUUUUGCUGAUUUUCGCAGAGAGUUUUGUAUCGAGUCGAAGAGGCUUUGGUAUUUAUCGGGCCCUGCGAUGUUCGCUUUUAUCUCCAAGUACUCUCUAGGCGCCAUCACCCAAGCAUUUGCAGGUCAUGUCGGCACCCUCGAACUAGCCGCUGUGUCCGUCGAGAAUUCUGUCCUUGCUGGCCUCUCCUUUGGUGUCUUGUUGGGCAUGGGGAGCGCACUAGAGACUCUAUGUGGCCAAGCCUAUGGAGCAGGGCAACUGGAAAUGAUGGGUGUAUACAUGCAAAGAUCAUGGGUCAUCCUCAUCUGCACUUCACUAAUACUAUUGCAACUCUACAUCUUUUCCACACCAAUCCUCCUACUAAUAAGGCAACAAACCAGCAUUGCCAAAGCAGCAGGCACCUUUGCUCACUACAUGAUGCCCCAACUUUUUGCCUAUGCCUUGAACUUUCCCAUAGCCAAAUUCUUACAGGCUCAGAGAAAAGUCAUGGCCAUUGCAAUUAUAUCUGCAAUAGCCUUAGUGUUGCACACCUUCUUCAGUUGGUUGCUUAUUAUAAAGCUGGAUUGGGGCCUGGUUGGGGCUGCGGUGGCUUUAAAUGGCUCAUGGUGGUUCAUAAUAGUGGUGCAAUUGGCUUAUAUCUUUAGUGGAACAUGUGGGAGGGCAUGGAGUGGUUUCUCAUGGAAGGCAUUUGAGAAUUUGUGGAGUUUUGUGAGGCUCUCUGUUGCAUCUGCAGUCAUGAUGUGUUUGGAGACAUGGUAUUUCAUGGUCUUGAUUCUCUUUGCUGGAUAUUUGAAGAAUGCCGAAAUUUCGGUCGAUGCUUUCUCCAUAUGUACGAAUAUUUUAGGCUGGGCAAUGAUGGUUGCCAUGGGAGCGAAUGCUGCUACAAGUGUGAGAGUUUCUAAUGAAUUGGGAGCUGGUCAUCCAAGGACUGCAAAAUUCUCAGUGGUGGUGAUGCUGAUAACAGCGUUUAUUAUAGGAUUGGUUCUCUCCAUGAUUUUACUGGCAACAAGAAAUCAAUGGCCCAAAGCAUUCACUAGUAGUCAGACAGUUGAGAAACUUGUUUCUGAGCUCACCCCUCUCCUUUGCAUCUCCAUUGUUGUAAACAAUGUGCAACCGGUGCUCUCAGGGGUGGCCAUUGGAGCAGGGUGGCAAGCAAUAGUUGCUUAUGUAAACGUUGGAUGUUAUUAUGUUGUUGGCAUUCCUCUUGGUCUAAUCCUUGGUUAUGCUCUAAACUUUGGAGUCACUGGAAUUUGGUAUGGCAUGCUUGCUGGAACUGUGCUACAAGGAAUUAUUCUUAUCAUUUUGACAUACAGAACAAACUGGAAUAAAGAGGCAUCCAUGGCUGGGGAUCGAAUAAAGCUUUGGGGAGGAUAUAAGGGAAAGACCGGGAUUGAAGAGAAGUAAAUGCUUUUUAAAACUUGUAUAUUUGUACUUCUUGUUUUUCAAUACUUCGAGAUGUAUGGAUAUAAAGUAAAAGGUAAGCUUUCUAUGCUUCUCCUACAACAUAAAUCUUAUAUACAUCCCCUUAUCCAACCGUCCAUU